AUGGAAAAAUUGUCCGGUAGCAUGGAAAGGGCAAUACGCAAGUGGUCAUCAUGGAUCACCUUCGUUGGUUCCAAUAAGGACGUCAACGUUCUUGAUCAGUCACCAAUAUUCGACGAUCUUUUGAAUGGAAAAGCCCCGGAUGCUCCUUUCACGGUAAAUGGAAAUGAAUACAAAUAUGGGUAUUACCUUACAGAUGGAAUAUAUCCUCAGUAUUCCACAUUCGUGAAGGCAUUCUGCCACCCGGUUGAAGAACAAGACAAAUUUUUUAAGAGAAGACAAGAAGGAGCACGUAAGGAUGUGGAACGUGCUUUUGGAGUGUUGAAGGCGAAGUGGCAUAUAGUCGAACAUGCAGCACGACCAUUGGAUUUAGAAACUCUACGAUAUAUCAUGUAUGCAUGUAUCAUAAUGCAUAACAUGGUAGUAGAAGAUAAAGAGAGAAAUAUUGCACACUAUAUCCCAACAGAGCCCAUACACGUUCAGUUUCAACCAGGAACAACAGAUUAUUUGCAUCGCGUUGUUGACAUUCAGGACGCAAAUAAACACAGACAACUUCGAGAGAACUUGGCGGAUUAUAUCUUCUAUGGUACUAAUAACGAUAACGAAUAG